AUGAGAUAAAUUAAGAUUACUAAAAGUCCUUAUGGAAAGUAGAACUAAGAACAAAAAGAAAGGAAAGGUGAUGAAUCUUAGGAUAAGGUAUUAGUAUUUUACAUUUAAAUAAAAAAAUGUUAUCAACUAAUUCACUAGUAAAUAUAUUAAUUAAAUAGAAGGAAAUGAGAAAGAAGGAUGAAUUGUCUUUAUUUAAAUAUAUGUGA